UGGCGCCUGCACUGGUCUCAGAACAACCGUGGCCUCCGACCGCUUUGGACCUGCUCACCCGCAACUCGGAGAAAGGACUUACGAAUAGUGCAUUACAACUUCCCAACACAACAUGAAAAUAUUACCCUUGAUAGUGCUAUUAGCAUGUGUGGCCUGGACGAAUGCUCGGCCGCAAGAUGAUGGAGAGGCGAGGGCUGCUCCAUCCAGAGGGCUGCUUAAACGAGGUCUAGCUAAGGGCAAACAGACUACAACAACCACCACUCAAGCACCACAGGAGGAAGAAUACGAUGAAGAUUAUGCGGAAGGAGAAUCUGAGCCUUCAACGCAGGCGCCACCCUCGUCCACAGAAGGCAAGAAAUUAAUUGGUGGAGGAGUCCGACCUUUCAGAAGCAAUACUGAUUUGCUUGAGAUCCUUAAAAGAAAGAGGGCGCAGGCGGCUGAAGCUAAACUGCACGGACAAUCAAGCUCUGUUGCCGCCUCGUCACAGGAUAUCGUAACAGAAGCGCCUGCAAAAUCUAGUUACAGUAAAAAGCGGUUCAACGGUCAACCAGCCAGAGAGAGUAAUAAUGAGGAGGCACCGGCAACCUCUAAACCUAGUAGAAAUCGUUUUGGACGACCUUCAUUGAGAUCUGCAUCAGAGCCAGAGCCAGAAGAACAAAAUGAACCAGCCGCUCCCCUUUCAAGAGGUGGCAGAACAUUCCCAACAAGGCGAGGCAGCAACUAAUAUCUUCAAUCUUCUUCAAUAUCACUUCGAAAAUACUCUUUAGUAUCCUAUUGAGGAUCCAAUACAAUAUCAAUAAGAUAUUCAAUAUAAAUCUCUGGCGUAUCGUUACAAUUAUUAAAUAAGAUAAGUAAUAACUUAAUUUAUUUAUCUUAGAUCUUAAACCAUUUAAUUAUCUGCCUGGUGCCUAUAAAACACACUUUACAAAUGUGACAAAUAAAUAGUAUGUAUUUAACAUUACAGUAAGAUGUUAUGUUAAGUAUUUAUUGCAAGAUAUAAAAAGUGGCUGACAUUUAAAUCUCGUUUUUAAAAGUGUUAUUCUCCAACUGGUUUAUUAGUUGGAGAUUAUCUGACUAUUUUUUGUAGAGGACAUAAUAUUUGUUUUCAUUAUCAUAGAUUCUAUAUUAAAAGUGUGGAUCACGAUAAAAGUAAACCGAAACGAUAACGCUAUGAGACUUGUUUGAUAAGAAUGGUACCUAUUUAGACUCCAGACAAUUUGUAUUUGUGAAAGAGAAAUAGGUAGACCAUGGCCAUCGCAUAUACUGAAUUGCCAUCAGAAAUGCUUGUCUAUAAAUUAGAAAGAAUUUACACUUACUACUUUUGUAAA